UGUUGCGGAUAGGACUAGACUCAGUCGUGCGUGUACCGUCGCGUGGGCAACACGCUUCACAAAAUGAGUGUCGCUACCUACAUGCAUCGCUGGUUCGUCAGCCUCCUACUUACCAUAUACUAUAGUAUUCUCGUCCUAGUGAUGUUCGUUACCACCUACCUGAAAAACCCCUUCUCAAACCCUUGGGCGCUGAAGCUGAAGUUAGAACCACCGACUUGCCUCACAGACCCGAAGUAUGGAGUUCACAAAUAUACUAAAGUCAAUAACAUAAAACUGCACUAUGUGGAGAGCGGCGACCCGUCCAAACCGCUGAUGAUCUUCAUCCAUGGCUUCCCAGAGCUGUGGUACUCCUGGCGCCAUCAGAUCGUAGAGUUCCAGAAGGAUUACUGGUGCGUAGCUUUCGACAUGAGAGGCUACGGUGAUUCGGAAAGACCUGAUGGAGUCUCAUCGUACAAACUGCAACUGCUGAUAGACGAUGUCAGGGACCUUGUGAAACAUUUAGGUAGGGAGAAGUGCAUAAUAGUGGCUCAUGAUUGGGGCAGUCUCGUGGCCUGUCGUUUCCGAGAUGUGUACCCUGACAUGGUCAGUGGGUUGGCUAUACUGGCUGGCUGUUCCCGGGAAGCUUUCUGUGAAGAGAUAUGGAACAAUCCUGAGCAGAGGAAGAAGUCAUGGUACGUGUUCAUGUUCCAAGCACCUGCGUUAGCGGAGAAAAUGAUGCAGAUGAACAAUAUGAGUGUGUUUGACAAGACGUUGCUGAGAGCAGGCUGCGACAGCGUCACACAACAGGACGUUGAGGCCUACAAGUAUUGGUUCGGAAAACAACACACCAUGACACCCCCAGUCAACUAUUAUCGCGCGAACUUCGAAUACACCUUGCCAGAGAAGCCUCGAUCAAGCGCCAAGAUUCCAUUCUUAGCAAUCCAUCCGGAAAAUGACUUCUAUCUAAACGCCACCCUACACGACCGAAUGAAAAACGAGUACGAGUGCAUAGAGACCACGAUUCUAAAAGACUGCGGACAUUUUUGCCAACAACAGGAACCGGCGAAAGUCAAUCAGCUGAUUAGAGACUUUCUCGCGAAGAAUAAUCUUUAAGAUUAAAUUUUACAGCAUUAACCUUGUAUAUUCCUAUUGUUUAACUUCAUUGUGAUUAUUUACUACACUUAUAUAACUACUUAAGUAUAUUAAUUUCAACAAUGUAUUCUAAAGGGUAGCUGGCGAGGAGUGGCUGUAUAUGUUACGGCUAAUAUCCGAAGUAUGUUUCCGCUAGAUGUGACGCGGGCGCGGGGCGGAAGGCUUGGCGGGACACGCAUCUAAGUUUUAUCCAACAGGGAUUGUCUGGACCUAGUUCUAGCCGGAAUGAUAUCGGAUAGACCUAGUUUUAUCCAACAGGCAAUGGCUGGACCUAGUUGUAGCCGGUAUGAUGAAGGCUAGACCUAGUUUUACCCGAAAACAAUCGGCUCAUACUAGGUUUAACCAAGAGUAAGUGGCUACACCUAGUUCUAACCGGCUAUAACUAGGUGUAGCCGCACUUUGGGUAUUAGCCGUAACAUAUAAGUAUACUAUACCCCUGCUAUAUGUGUGUAUAUUCUAAAGAGGUUACAUUUGUAAGUUUGUUUGUGUGAAGUUAAUCCCUGGAACAACUGAACUGAACUUUCACUUGUGGUAGCUUUUCAUUGGCAUUUGUUUGUAUUUUUAAGUAUUCAUUUUGUAAAAAAGGCUGUAAGCUACCCAAAUAAAAUAAAGACAAAAAAAAAAUGAAAAUUAUUUCACCGGUAGAAAGGUUACCCAAGUAAUAAAUAUUAUUCGUGAUUAUUAUAUUUCAUAACCUAUUAAGUCCACGUUGAAGGAGUCGCGGGCAGAAUGCUAGUUGUAAUUAAAGUUGAUUAGUCAUACUAGUUAUUCGAAUUGGUGCUAAGAUUUUACAUGUUAAAUUAUUUGAUAAUGAUAAUCAACAACCAACCAAAGGUAGGUAACCCAACCCCGUCAAGAACGGGAUACCGCUAGGGAAAUGAGAAUGAUGAUUUGAUGAUAACAACGACACAAAUAAUGUUUAAAAAAUAUUCGUAACUAUACCUAGCUAGUGGCCCACGAAAUUAUAAUAAGCCCUACAUGAGUAUUAUAUAAUUAGAAGGUAAUUGUGUGGAUCUAGUUUAUUUUGUUAGAAAACUGCGUACCUACUAUUAAGUUUCUUUGCAUUUGAUGUUUCACCUGAAUAAACCUUUUGUAUGA